AUGAGUUAAAAUAAAUUUUCUGAAUUCGGCGAUUACGUCGAAAAGAAAUCUAAAUAGUACGAUUUUCCUAAAUAUAUUAGAAUAAUCAACCUUGGAAUUGGAGGUCUUUUAAUAUUCAUAGGUAUCUGGAAGAUUAUCACUUUGCAAAUUUUCACUAAUAUAUUGACUCUCAAGUUCUUUAAUGUUUUUGUUCCAUUCUUCUUCAUUCUUUUUGGCGGUAUUCUUUUAUUGUCUGAAUUAAAGCCUGAGUUGAUCAUUGAAUACUUAAAAAUAUUAAAAACAUAUAUUGGUCUUGGAUCCUUCUACUUAUUCCUAUCCAGUUUAACUGUAUACAACGUUGAACAAGAAACAAACGCCAUAUUAGGCUGGAUAUACGGAAUAAUUCUCUUUACAGUUGGAGUAUACUACAUAAUUCUUCAUUUCAUAAGUAAGCAAAAGGAACAAAACGAAUCUGCAAGUUCUUCUUUCUCAGCUCCCUUAGUUUGA